AAAACCUGAGCUACGAACGGUGGAGAUUCAUCAUGAAGUUUCGCUUGGCAGCAUUUUGGCUGUUUCUACUGACAAUUGGCGACAGUCGCCACCAUUUUAGUCAUGGCCCAGGGGUCGCUGCAGCGGCCAUGCAACAAAAAUCAAUCAGCCAGCAACAGAGAAACAAAGGAAAUGAGCUGGAAAAUGCAGUUCAAUUGCGUGAAACCUCAAAGCAAAUGCAGGUUAUUGGAGAUAUAACAACAACACAACCGGAUGCAUCAUCCAUGCUGAUGGGCAAAUCAAUUGCUCAGCAAACUUUUCGACACGCAAAGACCAACACACCGCCGAAUUUGGAGCUAAAUUUUAAGCAAACUGUGGCCAAAUUGUUGAGCAGCGAUGAACAUGAUUCAGAGUUUGAUCCAGAAGCGAAUGAUGAUGAGGCUGAUGAAGGUACCGCCGCAACCGCAGGCACAGAAUCGUUCACCACACACCAUCCCGAGCGACGGCAUGUUAUACCUGAUAAGCUGCAAUAUACCAAGGAGAUUCAAAUUAAACAGGGUCGCCUCAUGGGUAUCACACGUCGCUUCCAGGUAACCAGCGGUUUGCGAGAAGUUGAUCAGUAUUUGGGCUUACCCUAUGCAGAGGCACCCACGGCCAAUCGUCGUUUUAUGCCGCCAGGUGCACCAUUGCCAUGGCAGGGACUGAAGAUUGCGCGUCACUUGCCGCCAGUUUGUCCACAAAACCUACCGGAUAUCUCACCCCAAGCUAGUGGGAGUAUGUCACGGGGUCGUUACAGAUAUUUGAGUCGUCUGAUGCCCUACUUGAGAACGGAAAGUGAGGACUGUUUGUAUUUGAAUCUCUAUGUCCCACAUGAGGCUGCCGAACAACUUGCUGCUCCCAAAUUACAUCCGGUAUUGGUUUAUUUACAUGGCGAAUCAUUUGAAUGGAACAGUGGGAAUGCAUACGAUGGCUCUGUUCUGGCCAGCUAUGGAGAGGUCAUUGUGGUGACUGUGAAUUAUCGUUUGGGUGUAUUAGGUUUUCUUCGACCCAGCAUCGAUGCACAUAAUAUUGCCAACUAUGCACUGCUCGAUCAGAUUGCCGCAUUGCAUUGGAUAAAAGAAAACAUUGGCUCCUUCGGAGGUGACAGUUCGCGUGUCACUUUAAUGGGCCACAGCACUGGAGCGGCUUGUGUCAAUUAUCUAAUGGUAUCGCCAGUGGCAUCAGGUUUAUUUCAUCGCGCCAUCCUGAUGUCCGGCUCGUCGAUGUCCGAUUGGGCCGCCAGCAAUCAAUCGCUGCAAUUGACCAUGCAAAUUGCCCAUAACCUAGAUUGUCCAUUGGGUGACCACAUCGAUGAUGAUGCUCUGCUGGAAUGUUUGCGUCAGCGUCGCUACCAGGAUAUCUUGCACAUACCAACAACUCUGCCACAAUUUUCAACAUCAUUGGGUCCAAUUGUCGAUGGACAUGUAAUACCAAAUCAACCGUACAAGGUCAUGGGCCAAUAUGCGGAACAUUUCAGCCGUUAUGAUUUAUUAUUCGGCAUCACGGAGUCUGAAUCCUAUCAUACAUUGGCCGCAUUAGCACUCGAGGAAGGAUUACGUGAAAAUGAACGCGAUAAUUUAUUACGUUUCUAUAUGCAGAGUCGCUUUGAUGUACGCCCCGAUUUGGCAUUGGCUGCCACACUAAAGAAAUACCAGGACAUGUACAACAAUCCGAUUAAGGCCACCAAUUUGGAGCACCGUGAUGUUGUGCUGGACAUACUUUCGGAUGCCCGGGUUGUGGGUCCACUAUUACAGACUGGCAUGUUCCAUGCUGAUGUCAAUCGACGUAAUUAUAUGUACGUUUUCGGACAUAACAGUGCAAUGGGAGCGUAUGCAAAUCUACCGCAUAGCAUAAUGGGCGAGGAAUUGGCGUUUAUCUUUGGUGCGCCUCUGGCGCCGGCUGGUCCUUUCCCCAGCCACAACUAUUCCGUGCAGGAAAAGCUGCUUUCCGAGGCGGUAAUGGCAUAUUGGACGAAUUUCGUGAAGACUGGCAAUCCCAAGGCACCAUGGAAAGGGACAUUUCUCAACUCACAUGCACUGGAAUGGGAUCGAUAUGACCUCGAUUGGCCGGAAUUCAACAAACGUGCUCAGGCCUAUCUCAAUAUUGGUAUACCACCAUCCGUGGGCUACAAGUAUCGGCAGAUCUAUAUGAAUUUUUGGAACAAAGAGUUGCCCGAUGAAUUGAAUCAAAUAGCUGCCAUACAGCAGCAGCAGCACCAUCAGCAGCAGCAGCAGCAGGAGUCGAAUGUGGUUGCAGGAAGUAAUGUGAUUACGGGUCAUAUGAGCAACUACGGCUCACGUGAUAAUGGUGCCGGAGAUCCGGUACGAACUUUGAAAAUGCUGAUGGGAGUUGUGGGUGAACCGACAGAGGCGGCAGCAGAGAAUAUGUACAAUGCCCCGCCUACCUUUGGUCAUGUUCACAAACAGCAGGGGGAAGGUGGUGAGGAGAUGGUCACAGGCAUCCCUUUUAGUCCCGGCUCCAAUGAUGUGAAGACAGAGAGUAGCAGUUCGACGGAAACAGUAGCCAAGUCUGAGAUCACAAUGCAAUUACUAAUAGCUCUGAUAGCCAUGAUUAUAAUCCUGAACGUGAUUAUAUAUGGAACAUUUCUGAUACGUCGACGACGAGCCAAGACUUCCCCGCUAAAAAGGAAACUGGGCGGCAACAUUCUCUCAUAUGAUGGCGCCAAUGAUGACGAGCUAAAACGUUGCAGCAAGUCUCGAGAUGGCGAUGAUAGUUAUAUACUGGAUGUGGUUAGGAAAUCGAAUACCUAUGAGGCCAUUAAGACAAGCCAAAGGUCACCAAUUAAUGGUUAUGCCAUUCAGAGGCAACUCAGUUGCUCAACUGUGGAUACCCAUACGAAAGUUUGCGAAUGGAUGUCUGGACACCCUAGCAGUCACAAUCACACGCUACCCAAGUCGGGCAGCUUUGCGACUAAUACCCCAUCGCCACCACCAGCAAUGGCCAAUGCAGAUGGCAGUCGAAUCAUUAUAUGCCAGGACAUGGAAGUCUCCGAUUUGGCCCUGCUGACACCUCAGCACAUGCAUGAUAUGCAACACUAUGAAUUGUUAUUUCAACGUCAGAACUCUGCUCUAACUGAACCAAGUGAGGAUGUGCUUCAACCAGCCACGCAUCAUCAGCAUCAUCAUCAUCAUCAGCAUUCGCAUUCUGAUCCUGUUGAUAUGAUUUUGGCUGCCGAUGAACAGGUCACCAGUUUUGUUCACGCCGAUGACGUGGACAUCAAUGUCACCAGUCGUGACGACAGAUUGGAUAAUGAUGCUGUGCCCCUGACAGCUGCCCAGCAAUUGGAGUUGUUAAGGCAACGUAAUUACCCAAAAGUUCUGCCCACAGCCCAUGACUUGGCGGCAAAGGGGGUAUUGGCUGUGAAUUUCAAGCGGAAUUCAUUGCCACCGCAGAAUUUUAAUCCUCCUGUGCCGCCGCCAAGAAGCACUAGUCAAACCUUGGGCAGGCAUCGACGGGAUAGCACAAAUGUCACCACAUCACCGCUACAACUGGCCAGAGAUUGUGGAGAGGAUGAGCCCGGGGAGCCGUUAAUUACGCAAAAUACCUUGAUAUUUGGUCCCAUUGUGCCUAAAUCGCCAGCCACUUCUUUGAAACGCCCUAAGCCUCGCACUUUGCCGGGAUCCGAAACGGAAUUGCCAACAGCAAUGAACGCAUUGAGCGGAUCGUUUCAAUCAUUUGAGUCUGUGCCCCCGCCAGUUCAUGAGGAUACUCCGCCGCAAGGUGAACGCACUGAAUGCGUCUAUUCAAUUGAGCCCACUGGUUCGGGACCCAGUUCGCCGGGUGCCUGGUCGGCGCCCAAUGGCGAUUUGUAUGCUUCGCCCAUAAAAUCACCAUCGAGGACCUCCCUUAUACCACGACCAAUGCAAACAGCUGCGGCACCUGCAAAGACUACAACGGAACCGCAGUCUCCUACUUGUGUUGGGGAUGCGGAAGCUGUCCUUAACCCAAAUCCAACCCGCAUACCACAAUUGCAGCGUCAAGCUUCUGGCAAGGAUUUGUAUCAACCAACUCUCCGCACUAAUUCCACAAUAUCAUCUGGUUCAUCGGCGUCGGCCGCAUCAGGAACCUCAGCCACAUCGGCCACAUCAUCGUCAUCCUCCUCAACGGGCACAGUGCGCACUGAGCUACAAAAGUCGCCAAGUCAACAGCAGCAGUCAAGCAAAUGUAUUACAACUAAAAUAUAAGUAACAAAACAAAGAAAAAAGGGCAGAAUAUUCACUCAGCUUCUCAAUUUAACGCCAAAGAAUAAAAAGGAAUAGGCAGAAGGAGGAAAAAGAGAACAGCGACGCAUUGCGACGACAGCAGCACCAGCAAUUCCGUUGACAGUUUUGCCUGCUGCCUUGGCAAAUCCUUGCCAAUCGCUGACGGCACAACCAAAUCUUCCAAGCCAACCCAUCUUUUACCCCCUUUACCCGUCUCAAUACCGUCGUUGGCUUGCGUAAAUUUAAUAUUACAUUUUUGGCGUAAAGUUUAUCUUUGACUCUGGAUGCUACGGCAUUCUCCUUGUGGUUUAUAUGCCUUCUCUCCCCUCUUUGGGCUAAAGUUUACCACUCGUAAAUUUUGCAAGUUGAAAACUGAAACUUGGUUAUAAUAGCAUGAUAUCAAUAUAAAUUGAAAGCCAAAAACUCUGGGUAUCAGAAUAUAUUAAAAGAUAUUAUGAAGAAAAUUUCAAUGCAAGUGCAUAAUUCGAAAAAAGAUUGAAAGAAUUUAGGAAACUUAUUAUUAAACACACAAGGGAACGAUCACAUUACA